UAAGAAUUAGAGCCUACGUAUAUAGAGAAUGAGGGCGUUUUUUAAGGUGCGCGAUAGUAGCAUGCGCAAUUUGAAAGAGAUACAUGUAAAGGAAGAGGGGUUACAUGUGUAUAGCCUUUAGGCUGCGCGGUUGAAAAGAGGGGAGAAUAAAUAAGUGGCGUGGUACACGACCACUCGAAAACCGCAGACCCCACUGCACAGCAGAGCACAGCACUCAAUGGCGAACGAACCAGGAGAUGAAAGAAGUAUAUGAGAUAUCAUAUCGUAUUCAUAUUCAUAUCGUUCAUAGCAGCAGCAGCAAGCAGCAUCAGCAGCACUCACUCCACACCCGCCAACCAACGCACCAUGCACCAUGCACCCAUCCACCAACCAACCCACCCACCAACGCACACACGCACGCAACCCACUCCCCCCACCCGUUCCCCCACCAAACACCUAGCACCAAGCCAGCCCCUCAGCCCGCACAUACGCACGCCCCGCACGCACGCACGAGCGCAACCGCUCGCCCCGCCGCCAACCCUCCCAGCCCAGCCCAGCCCAGUCCGUCAAAGAGAAGCAAAAUAGAGCCAAAGAGAAGCACGCGCCGAUAAAAGGGGGUAUAAGUAAACACGCGCCAGCCAGCCGCGCCACAGAUAU